CUCUAAUGUAGACCCUUCUACUUAGAUCAUUCAAAGCUCAGACUUCGUUCUGAAUUAUCGUUCUGAGCGAAUGAGACAACUAAUAUAGGAUAAUAGACUGAAUAUAUACCAUUAUUCACACAUUUUAAGUAUUUUAAUUUAUUUUUUUGUCUUUAUAAAUUUUCAAAAUCAAGAAGACGCAAGGCUCACAUCUUGAACCAACCCAUUAAUCAAUGGAGGCUUACGUUCAAAAUCUCCAUAGUCUGCUUGAGCAGACAGUCGCACCAGACACCCAAAUUAUUAAGAAUGCGACAGCUACAUUGAACGCUCAGUACUACAAAUCACCAGAAUGUAUUCCGGGCUUAUUCGAAGUUGUAGCCUCCAGCCCUAUGGAUCCAGUUAGACAAUUGGCUGCAGUUGAAUUGCGUAAGAGAGUUGGAAACUCAAACGGUAAUUUGUGGAAGAACUGCCCACAAGAUAUUAGAACUUCCAUCAAAUCACGUUUGCUCGAAGUUAUCUUAGUAGAGAACAGUAACCUCGUUCGUCACUCCUGCGCUCGUGUCAUUUCUGCGAUCGCUGAAAUCGAACUUCCUCUCAACACCUGGCCAGACCUCCUUGGUUACCUCACACAAGCAUCAACUUCUGCAAACGCUGCUCACCGUGAAAUUGGUAUCUUCGUUCUCUACGCUCUCCUUGAAACUAUCAUCGAAGGUUUUGAGAGCCAUUUACCUUCACUCUUCGCACUUUUCGCUAAGAGCAUUACCGACCCAGAAAGCUUGGAAGUUAGGGUCACAACUCUUAAAGCUUUAGGAAAAGUUGCGGAAUACAUUGAUAUCGAUGACAAGAAUGAUAUCAAAACCUUCCAAGGUCUCAUUGAACCUAUGGUUGUUGUUCUCCAACAAGCUUUAGAAGCUGGUCAUGAAGACUCCGUCAAAGCUGGAUUUGAUGUUUUCGAGACCAUGUUAAUUAUAGAAGCACCACUCCUUUCAAAGGCUAUACCAGAUCUCGUUCAAUUCUUCUUGACUUCAGCCUCAAACAGCAACUACGAUGAUUCACUUAGAGUUAUGUGUCUUAACUGCUUGCUCUGGACGGUCAAAUACAAAAAGUCAAAGAUCCAAUCACUCGGUUUGGCCAAGCCAAUUUUGGAGCGCUUGCUUCCAAUCGGUGCUGAAGAAGAUCCAGACGAUAUUGAUGAAGACUCACCUUCAAGAUUAUCAUUCCGUGUUUUAGACACAUUGGCAACAUCUUUACCACCUUCACAAGUCUUCCCACCGCUCUACCAACAGUUGCGUGAAUAUAUGACCUCACCACAAGCACCACUCCGUAAAUCAGCAAUGAUGGCUUUCGGUGUUACUGUUGAAGGUUGCUCAGAAUUUAUUAGACCACACAUUGACGAGCUCUGGCCUUUCAUCGAUGCUGGUUUACAAGACGCCGAACCAAUUGUCCGCAAAGCUGCAUGUGUUGCUUUGGGUUGCGUCUGUGACAUGCUUGGUGAUGAAGCUGCUGAAAGACACGGUGUUUUACUUCCAUUGGUCUUCAACUUGAUGAACGAUGAAGCCACCCAACGUCCAGCAUGUACCGCUCUUGACGCGCUCUUGGAAGUUCUUGGUGAUGAUAUCAACCAAUAUCUCCCAAUGUUAAUGGAAAGAUUAGUUGGUUUAUUAUCAACUGCUCCAUUAGCAGUAAAGAGUACCGUCACUGGUGCAAUUGGUUCAGCUGCACACGCUGCCAAGGCUCAAUUCGUUCCAUACUUCACACAAACCAUCCAACUCAUUCGUCCAUUCCUUGGAUUAACUGAGGAAGGUGAAGAAAUGGACCUUCGUGGUGUCACCAUGGAUGCUGUUGGAACUAUCGCUGAAGCAGUUGGCGCUGAAGUCUUCAGACCAGUUUUCCAAGACAUUAUGCAACAAGCAUACGCUGGUAUGAACAUUGAUUCACCACGUUUACGUGAAUGCUCAUUCAUCUUCUUCACUGUCAUGACUAGAGUCUUCGGUGAAGAAUUCUCACCAUUCCUUGGUGACGUCGUUCCAGCACUUUUGCGUAGUUUGAGCCAAGAUGAAACUGAUGACCUUGAAGGUGGUGGUGAUGGUUUGUUCGAUGCUGGUGAAGAAAACAUUGAAGACAUUGACCCAGAAAAGAUGUUGUCAGUCAACAGUGCCAUGGCAAUUGAGAAGGAAGUUGCAGCCGAUGCUAUUGGUGAAAUCUUCAUCAACACAAAGUCAAACUUCUUGCCAUUCGUUGAAGAGUCUGUUGGAAAAUUAGUCGAACAACUCGAACACUACUACGAAGGUAUUAGAAAGAGUGCCAUCUCUAGUUUGUUUGCCUUCAUGUCAGCAUUCUACGACAUUUCAUCACCAGCCCCAUGGCAAGCAGGUAUCGCAACACCAUACCAUGAGAACGUUGAAAAGCUUAUCGAGAUGGUUUUACCUGCAAUCUUCGAUGCCUGGGCACAAGAAGAUGACAAGCAAGUUGUUACAACUAUUGUACAAGAACUCGCUGAAACUUUGAACAAGAUGGGUCCAUCAUUCAUUUUGAGAGAAGGUCGUGUCGAAAGUGUAUGCAACUCAACCGCUGAGAUCUUAAAUGGCAAGUCACUCUGUCAACAAGAUCCAGAUCAAGAUGAUGAAAUUGAAGACGACGUUGAAAACGCAGAAUACGAAUCAGUUUUGAUUCAAGCAGCAGGUGACUUGGUUGGCGCAUUAGCAACAUCAAUUGGUCAACAAUUCUCUCAACCUUUCGGAACAUUCUUACCAUUGAUUGCCAAAUUCUAUGGAAAGGGUAGAGCAGUUGGUGAAAGAUCAUCAGUCAUUGGAACUAUUGGAGAAAUCAUCGUUGGAUUAAAAUCAGGUAUUACACCACACACUGAGAAUGUACUCAAGUUGAUCUUGACUGCAUUGACUGAUGAUGAAGCUGAAGUUAGAUCAAACGCUGCAUUCGCAACUGGUGUUUUGGUUGAAAACAGUGAAAUUGAUUUAUCUGGUCAAUACAUGAUGAUCUUAUCAGCAUUGAAGCCAUUAUUCGAUGUCGGUAACGAAUCACCAAGUGCAGUUUUGAACGCACGUGACAAUGCAGCAGGUGCAGUAUCAAGAAUGAUCAUCAAGAAUGGAGCUGCCAUGCCAUUAGAUCAAGUUUUAUCAGUUUUAAUCGGUGUUUUACCAUUAAAGAAUGAUCUGUUAGAAAAUGGUCCGGUAUUCAGAGCAAUCUUCACAUUAUUCAGAUCUAACGCAAACUUGAUUAUGCCAGAAUUACCAAAACUUUUGGCUGUUUUCAGUUACGUUCUUGAUCCAUCAUUACCUGAACAAGUUGGACAAGACAUUAAGGCUGAAUUAGUUGAAUUGAUCAAGGCUAUCAACCAACAAACUCCGGAUCAAGUUGCACAAGCUGGAUUGAAUGCCUACCUUUAAAUCAGUUAAUGAUCGAUUGCAUUAAUUUCUUUGCAUACAAAAACCAAACCAAACUCUCAUGAAGAUGAUAAUUUAGUAAUAUAGACCAUGUAAUUACUUUCGUUUUACAGCUUUUUUGUUUCUCUUAAAAUUUAUUGUUUCUU